AUGAACUAUAAUAAAUUAUUCAUAUUAUUAGGAAUAAUUAGAAAUAAUACAUGUAAAAUUAAUAAAAAUUUAUUUUAUGGUAUAUUAUGUAAAUAUCAUUAUAUGUAUGAAGGAAGAAGAAAAGAGAUACAUACAACAAUAUCAAAAGGUGAUAAAAUGAAUAUGCAUAUUAACGUUUUUAAUAAUAUAUAUAAGAUAUUACUUGGAAAAAAGUUGGCAAACAAGAAAUUUAUAUUACUCUUAGCCUUUUCGAUAUUAGCGAUAACACUAGAUGUAAGAUAUGCAUCAUGUAGUGGAACAGAAUUUAUAGAAAGAUCUGAAGAAUAUUUUCCUAAAAAUAAUCAUUAUGAAGAUAUAACUGUAGAAGAGCAUUCUUUAAGUAGUAGUGAUGAAGAGGAUUCAGAUGAUGGCAGUUAUGAAAUAACAUAUGAAAAACUUGAUGAGUUGAAUAGUUCAUAUUUUCAAAGGAAUGAGAAUCAUUUUUCUAUGGCUCAAUUUGCAGCAAAUUCACCUAUUGAAGAUAGAUGUUUCAUAUCUAAUAUAAAUAUUGAAAUGGAUUAUAUCGAGCCAGAAAAUGGCACAAAUAGCAUGAUGAAUAAUUUUGUAGAAGAAUUUAUGGAAAGGAUCUACUUAAGAAUUAAAUACAUUAGAAGAGAUGAUAUACAUGGAAGACAUUUUUUUAAUGGUCAUAAUUAUAUAAGCGGACAUAAUUAUAUGAAUAGAAAUAAUAAUAACACUGAAAUUUAUGGUACAACUCAAAAUACUAAUGUAAAUAAUAUAGAUUCAAAUAAUGAAAAAAAAUUUAUUAGGGUACAUAACGAUCAAAAUAAUAUCCAAGACAAUGGUGUAUCAAAUGUAGUUCACAAUAUGACAGAACAAAAUCAACUCAAUGAACACAAUAAUCAUAAUCCUGUUGUUAGGGCAAAAACAUAUAAUUCUAAUCAUGGUGUAUUAAGUGAUAUGUCAAAUCCUUCCUUAGGGCUUAACGAAAAUUAUGGAUUUAAAGAUGAACUACAUAAAUUAUCAUAUUUGGAUGCAAAUAGAAUACUCGAAGAAAGAUUAACUGAAACACGUUAUUUUAGCCUUAAUAGUAAUGAAUAUAAAAAUUUUCAAACUUCUAAUCCGAACUUUUUGUUUGCUGCAGUGAUUGAUGGUCAUGCAGGAGGAACAAUUGCUGAUGUAGCAAGGAAAUCAUUAGGAUAUUAUUUGAAAAAAGAAUUAAUCGAAAUAGGAGUAAAUUCUAAACGUGGUGGAUGUAGAGAACGUGCUAUUGUGUCUGCUUUAAAAAAGGCACAUUUAAAUUUUGAUAAUGAUCUUUUAAAUCAGAGUAAGGAUUAUUUUUUAAAUGGUACAUCCAAGUAUGCUAGAACAGGUGCAUGUUCUUUAAGUGUACUUAUAGAUGAACGAAAUUAUUAUAUAAGUAAUAUUGGAGAUUCUGUAGGUUUAUUAAUUAAAAAACAUUUUUAUCUUCCAUUAAAUAGAAUACAUAAUGCUAGUGAAUUUAAUGAAAAAAGAAAAUUAUUAGAAGAACAUCCAAAUGAAGAAGAUAUAUUAGUAUGUAAAAUAUGUACUCGAGAUUAUAAAACUGUUAAUAAUAAUAAUACAUAUGAAUUAUGUAAAACACCUUUUCAUCUCUUAUCACAUCAUUAUGAUAAUUGUUAUGUUAAAGGUAGAUUACAACCAACCAGAAGCUUUGGAGAUUUUCAUUUAAAAAAGAAAAUGUUUGCAUAUAGUGUUGAUGGUACAAGAUUAUUUGUACCAGAACCCCAUUCUUUUCCUUAUAUUUCAGCAGAACCAGAACUACGUGUUAUGAAAAAACAUCCAGAUGAUCAAUUCAUUGUCUUGAUGUCUGAUGGUGUUUAUGAAUUCUUAAAUCAUGCUCAAGUUAUUAAUGUCAUUAAAACAUAUGGUGCAUCUCCUGAACGUGCGGCAAAAGAAUUAAUUAAUAGAGUUCUGGAAGCAGCAGCUUAUAGUAGUGGUAUGACAAUGAAGCAACUUCUUAAUCUUGAUCCUUCAAUAAGAAGAAAUUUUUAUGAUGAUGUAUCUGUUGUUGUUAUUAAAUUGAAUUAA